AGGUGGCACCACGGUUUAGGCACUUCUUCGUCCAGUUUCCUGUGCAACUCAACUAGUGAACCCCCCUCAGCCCCAUCCCCCUAUCAAAGAUGAACGUCAAGUGGCCUUCCACCCCAAACAUGACCAUGACAAUACCCUAGAGGGGGCGGGGCGAGGGCGGGGGUCUAUCCAACUUCUGGUUGUUUUCGCUGGUGUGACAAGGAACUAGCGCUGACUGGCCUCGUUCUGUGUGAGGUUAGCCUGAGGUCUGGAUCAGUCCAGUGAGGUGAGAGUUAUUGCUGGAAAGUCCACGCUUGGCUGGAAAAACAUGGAAGGAUUCCAUACCUUGUUCGGUGUACUUCUGGUGCAGUUGCUGUAUGGGUCAGCUAGCUGCCUGCGGAUCACGAGCAUAGGCGUCCCGCGGACGGUCCUCAGCGGUGACAAGGUUCACCUGACCUGCUCCUUCGACCUCCUGGAGGACGACCUCUACUCCUUGACCUGGUGGAAGGACGACAAGAUGUUCUUCAACUACGUCCCCAGGAACCUCAAGGCCAAGUCUGUCUACGAGACUCCUGGGAUCACGGUGGAUGAAACUCUCUCGACGCUACAUGAGGUCCUCUUGUCCCGAGUGGAUCACAGGGCUUCAGGAAAACUCCGAUGCGAGAUUUUGUCCGAAACUUUUGAGCAGGACACGAUGGAGGCGAACAUGACGGUUAUUGACAUCCCCGCCAGGGGACCGACCAUCCUAGGACGAAGGGGGAACUACGAAGUGGGUGACCUUCUCCUGCUGAACUGCUCCUGCCCCCCCUCGUACCCUCCCGCGACGUUGACCUGGAACAUCAACGGUCAAAAGGCGUCUAGGGAAACCGUCAUAAUCUACCCUGGAGACACAGACACGGUCGGUCGCGAGUCGUCUUGGUCAGGUCUUCAGAUGUGGCUGACGACUCAGCACUUCCAGCACGGAGGUCUCCUCCUGCGAUGCACCGCCUCCAUCUUGCACUUCUACAGCAUGUCUACGGAAGUCCUCAUCACCGGUCCCCGGAACGUGGAGAGCUCCCCUAGAGAAGGGGCUUCUACAGGUGGCAGCAGCAGCAGGAGCGUCCAGUCUGUGGAGACCAUUGUUCUAGGAGUGACGAUAAUAUUAAGCAUCCUAGGAACAUGAGAGUGAGGAAGAUUAUAUUACCAAUUCCUGGACAUUAUAUCAUUUUCCAGUGGAACGCCACAUCUACAUCCCGACGUGUUUUAUAAAGUUUGAAACUUGUCAUUACUUAGAACUAAUAUGAUUUUUUACUUAGACCUAAUAGGAUUUUUUUUAGACCAUACUUUCUUAGGUCAUGGCAUGUUAAUGAUGAUGUAACACCAGGUUUGAGUGGUAUAGUAUAAACUUUUAGGAAAAAUACUCAACUUAAAAAAAACAUCAAGUGGCUUGAAAUCAUAGGUCUAUUAUAUCUUAUGAACAAUAUCAGCAAAUUGUUUAGUGGGUCCCUGGAUACAUAAAAUAAUUAGUUGUUGCAAAAUCGACUUUAAAUGAAUCUUUUGAAAAUAACACUGACCUCCUAAGGGUUGUUCCAUUCACAUUAAGAUGUGGAAAUAUUAAGGUAUAUAUAAAAAAUUGGACUUGUGUGCUAUAACAUGCUACUCACAAAGAAGUAAAACUUUUAACUAUGAUGUGUUUUUUUACAGGAAAUAAUAAUUUGCCUGUUUUAGAAGUAAACAGUUACGAGUAAUUGUGGGAGGUCAUGUGAUAAAUAAGGAGCUAUGGAGUGGAGUACUACUUAGUACUAAAAACCGAACAUGGUCAAGUCUUUUGAUUAGUAUUUACGAUCUUACUGUCUUUUGUAUUGAUAUCUGAUGACAUGUACAUUAGAAUUGAAUGUGAAUAUGGUCUGUUUGUCAUGGGAGUUUUUCAAAGUUCAUCAGCAUCCAAUUUGGGGUGAAUCUGCUUUUAAUUAUAUCUGAAAUAAGCAGCUUUUAGUGUGUGAUUUCUUCAGCUCAAGAGUUUGGGUAUAUAGUAUUCCUUUACCAGAUCCCAACUCUGGGGCAUUUUCUGCCAUUCAGCACUCAAGAUAGUGAAAAGAGGGAGUUCAAGUACUUGGACUGUAGGAUAAAGAGGUCCAGAAAAUAAAUGAGAUGAACUACAAGGAUCUAAAGCUGAAACUGGGAGAAACACUACACUGCACUGGUAUGUAAUGGUUAAGAGACUGAACAGCAAGAUGAGAGAAAGGAAGCAGGAAUGGAGGUAAAGUACGUAGCAUCUUGCAUGGUGUGUUCAGUAUUCUAUUGGUUCUUGUGUUAUGCAAACAUCUCCAAGUUCAUAUUUGCUUUACGUACUUAAGAGAUUAUUUUCACUCCUCUCUUCCUUUUUCUUUAAAUUCCCCCAUUCCCACCUUGAAUAUAUCUCCUCCUUCAUAUCUCUUCACCCUCAUUGUUAUCAUGAAAAUUUCCUUUUAUUUUUCCAAAGCUAUGGUAAGAAUAUGGUCGUUUAUUUCCAGAAGCAUCCUUUCCCUUGCCACCUGACUUUUAGCCUCAUUCUGCUGGCCUUUUGUCAGACCUUGAAGACUCUGAUCUUCACAUAUACCUUGUACAUCUUGAAUCUACCAUUCUGUUUCUGUACCCAUUUCUUACCAACAGACAACAAUAGGAGGAAAUUCACUUCCAUCCAAAUGAAUUUGGUGAAUAUGCAAAGCAAAGCUUAAACAAACCUGUGCAAAGCAACAGUGCUGAUGGAUUAGUUGAGCAAUUUCAGUUAAAUGGGAAAGCUUUUGUACUUUAAUAAAAAUAACUAGAAUUAGUAUUUGUUCAGGUGCAUGAACUUGUAUAUACAAUGUACUACACAGUAUAUGUAGCUUCUUUGAUGUAUUUAGUAGUCACAAUUUGGUAAGGAGAAAUGAAAAAAAAAUUAUUUGAUUCCAUUAAGGUAAUUUAAUCUUUCUAAGUUUCUUUCUAAGUUACAUACUUGCAUUAUAAACAAAUUCAUUAGGCUGCCCAAUGUAAAAAAUUAUCACAUGUCAUUGAGCUUGACUGUAAUCAAGCAACAUGAAGUUAAAUCACAGCAAUCAAUAAUUUCAGUCCCAAGACUAUUCCAAGUCAGAAUUCUGUUAUUGCAGUACAUAUUGAAAAGCACUGUGUCACAAAAAGGAAUCUACUGUAAUUAAUAUUAACAAUGGUGCACUUACAAAAUGUAACUUAUUUUAAGGAGUAGUUUGUGUUUGAUAGUAAUAUAAUAUGGAUGAAAUAAAA